GUCACGUAAGGCCCUUCACAGCCCCACUUUCCCCGGCGCACACAGCUGUGUGAGGAGAAGGGGCAGCAGCAGGCUGGCAGCAUGGAGCUGAUCUCGGAGGCUGCCGGGCACUUCUCCCGCCUCUCCAUGUUUCCUUACUUCGAUGGCGCCCAUUACUUGGUGUCUGUCCUGUCAGCCCGGGAGCAGGCAGGAGCGGUGGACGUGGCAUCUCGGAGUCCUUUUGCUUCCUGGUUCAGCGCCAUGCUGUGCUGCUUUGGAGGUGGAAUUUUGUCCUCUUUAUUGCUUGCUGAGCCUCCUGUUGCAAUCCUUACAAAUAGCACUAACAUUAUUUAUGCAACAGUUGUUUGGUACAUGGUCUACUACUUUCCAUUAGAUCUGUUCUACAGAUGCUUUUGUUUCCUACCUCUACGCGUUAUUGCUGCAGCAAUGAAGGAAGUCACCAGAACUUGGAAGAUCAUGGCUGGAGUCACUCAAGCACAUGGUCGCUUCAAAGAAUCCUUGUUAGUCAUGGUUGCCAAUGGCUGGGCAAAAGCUGCUGGCGGUGGCCUGAUCUCCAACUUUGAACAACUGGUGAGAGGUGUCUGGAAACCUGAAAGCAAUGAGCUUCUAAAGAUGUCAUACCCUGUAAAAGUUAGUUUAUUGGGAUCAAUUUUGUUCACAUUACAACACAAUGAGCUACUUCCCAUUGAAAGACCCCACCUCAUGUUCAUCUAUACCAUGUUUCUUAUUACCGCAAAGGUAGGAAUGAUGCUGACACGGUCCUCUGCCUCUCCAUUCCAACCAGCAGAAGAGGUAAUAGGCCGCUUGCUGUUUGGAUUGCAACAAGACCCUAAAGUAACUAAAGAAAAAGUUACCACAAAGGAUAAAGAGGAACCGAAGGUCAAAGGGAGUCCUUCCAAAGAACAAGUAGCUGGAGCAAGCGGUUCAGAACCCAGUGAAUCUACAAGGAAGAGAAAUGUUAAAAAGAGUGAAUGAAUCUAUGACAGAUCGAGUUUAACACUAACUUACUGUCAUAGCUAUUACAUAAAUUAUGAUCUAUCCUUGAAGUAGCCAAUGUGAUAAAGGCAAUGCAGGUUAUAAAUCUUACAUACAGGGCCGUUCUACUGUAUUUUUCUGAUGAUACUUGAACAGUUAGCAGCAAGUUCACCUUUAGUUUAAAAUGGGAGAGAUUUGCAAUGUUUGGUAUAUAGUCCCUGGUAUUGGUGCACACCACCUUUUAGGGGUCAUGUUAAUAAGGGGUCCAUCCUCUGGUGCAUUCUCUCACUGGACAGCUACCUCAAACUGAUAUGUCACUACUGAAUCUAAUUUCUUAAGGAUGCACUUCCAGAAGAAUUUUUUUUGUUCUCGCUCAUUUGUAAUUCUGGCAGUAUACAUAAUUGAUCAUUUUAUUUUGGCCUCUGUUACUUGCAGCAUGAACCCAUCUCCAGAUCCCACAGCUGUGUUGACAGGAAUUCUUUUUUUUUUAUUCUUUCCUGUGAGAGCCUCAACGUUGGUCUCAUAUGAAUGGGGAAACUGACCUCUGGUCCACAGAGCAGAAAGUGAAGGAUCCAGCAAAUUUUAUCAGAGGCCACGUGAUAGAACAGAGGCUGGAGUAACAUCAAUUAAUCUCAAAGUAGUUUUUUUUAUUCUUUCCUGUGAGAGCCUCAACGUUGGUCUUGGAUCCAGCAAAUUUUAUCAGAGGUCACGUGAUGGAACAGAGGCUGGAGUAACAUCAAUUAAUCUCGAAGUAGUUUUUUUUUGGAAACAACGUAUGCCACUACAUUUACAAACGGAGGCAACAUUUUUUUUCUGGGAGUAUUUCUUUAUUAAUAUACUGUACCAACUCUGACCUUGACCAAGGGUCUCAUACAUGAAGAAUAAGGGUCAGAGUGCAGGUUGUUUUGUGAGCAAAGGAAAAAGAUUUGUUGGUGACUUGUUUCCUUAUAUACGUUCUACAGGGACAGUUAAAGGGAAGCUGCCAGCAGUUUUAUGCUGCUAGGUUCUAAUAGCUCCAUCACAUGCAAUUGAGUCCUGAUAUUCAUGAGCUUCUGGCUUUCUCAGAAUCCUGCCACUGAUUAAUUCAGUUGGAAAAACUGUUAGGGUCCAUUCACACGUCCACAAUUUCGUUCCGCAUUUUGCACUUCCGGGUCCGUAAUUCCGUUCCCGAAAAAAAUAUAACAUGUCCUAUUCUUGUCCGCAAUUGCGGACAAGAAUAGGCAUAUUCUAUUAGUACUGGCGAUGUGCGGUCCGCAAAAUGCAGAACGCACAUUACCGUGUCCGUGUUUUGCGAAUCCGCAAAACACUUUACGGACAUGUGAAUGGACCCUUAUUCAGUGUGGCAGUAGCUGAGAAAGCCAGCAGCUCAUGAAUAUCGGAACUCGUUGGCAUGUGCUUGAACUGUUCAAUACAAAAUGGCAACUAAAGAAAGUGACCCAGCAUUUUGCUAAAGGGAUUUGUUACUAGUUAAUGUUGUCCUUAGUUAGGAAACCAUAAAGCUAGUGACCAAUUCCUUUAAGCAGCAUUAAAUAUGAAGAGACUGGUGAGCAACAGCACAGAUCUUUGCUUCCUGAAGCAUGUGAAUUAGACUUGAGUAGAACCUAUCAAGUCUGUUCCUAUUUGUCACUUUAGAUUCAUAGCUUUGAGAAUAGUGGGGUAGUUUUAAAUGUAUUUGCACUCAGUUUUACUGCGGAGUAAAAGCACAACACAGACAUAGAAAGAAUGACAUGUAUAUGCAUGUUUACUUGCAGCAGAUUUGUUGUAGACAUGACUGCAACCGUAAAUCUAUUCUAUUCACCUGAAUGGGGUUGUUUUUGUAGCAUGCACACUGAUUUCUACAAACCCUAUUUAGAUGAAUCACAAAGCCACAGAAAUUUUGGUGAAAAAAAACUGCCCUGUGUGAAUACACCCAUGCUAUUGUCCAAGGCAAAACUACCGUUUGUUUCAUAACUUCAAAUCUUUGCUGUGGUGUGGGAUUUAUUUUUCUAGUUCGUUUAGCAUCUGGUCAGAUUCACAAGCAAUAAUUUUACAAUGUAAUUAAAGUAAACGUGGAAUAUAGUGAAUAUAUGUUUCUUAAAGGGGUUGCCCAGGAUUUUGAUAUGGAUGGUCUGUCUCGGGAUAGGCCAUCAAUAUUAGAUUGGUGGAGGUCUGACAUCCCAGACCUACCAUGAUCAGAACUUGCCAGCACUGUCUAUUGUGUAGUGGACACAGCUGUAUAGUUCCAGCACAGACUUUCAGAGGUAUAAGGUAACAGCUGAUCGGUGGGGGUGAUGAGUGUCCGGCCUCACUAAUUUAAUAUUGAUGGCCUAUCCUGAGGCUAGGUCAUCAACAUCAGACUCCUGGACAACCCCUUUUAUAUGUCUUUCCUCAAAAUAAUAUAUAAAAAUAGAUAAUUUUACGAAUAUUUAUCCGUGAUGUUCUUUAAACACUUGAUUUUUAUAUGAUACAUUUCUGAAUAAUGUGAAUUUUUAGUUUUCUACUGUGUUUCUACUGAUGUUGUUUUCACGUUGUAAGCUGUUUGCGGAUUGCACUGUUGAAUUUUAAGAUUGUAAGAUUUCUAAAAGUUCACUGCGUUUGUCAAAAAAAUUAAUAAAUAAGUUCAUACUUUUCA